GACGUCACAAUUUAUGUGCACAAUAAUAUUCAUGGCAUGACAAACAUAGCAGUCGAGAUGGAGGAGCCCUUUAUGAAUGACAGAGGGUCGUUUCAGCGGUUCUUAGCAGCAUUCUGUAAACGCAUGAACGACAAUGAAGACGAUAGUGAUAUUUUACCAUUUAGACCUCCGAAUCGCCAUUUAAGACUGGAAGAGCUACAAGGGGAGUGUUUUGACUGGAGUUUGCGUUACUUGGGAUUACAUAAAUGUCCACCUACCCUUGCUUCUGCUAUCACUAAAGAGGUUUAUGAACAGGCCAAUAAAUUAGACUUCAAAGAUUUUGAAGACCCGACUCCAGACCCUACAGAAGAACGAGGCACCAAGGAGAACUCAAAGAAUGAAAUCCAACGUCCAGAGUCAGUUCUGGAUGCUUCAUCACUCAUGGAACACAUUAUUGAUAUUGUGGAUGAAGUGUGUCAAAAAUGGAACAAAGACUUGCCACCUAUUCCCAUUCCAGCUCAGGUUCAUGAAUGCUACCACUAUGAAAUUAAAAAUACUCGAAGGAAAAUGGAAGACAGGCAUGUCAUGCUUCCAGAUUUGAAUACUUUAUUUGAUCUCAAGGAUUUUCCGCAGCAAUCCUACUACGGAGUGUUUGAUGGACAUGCAGGGAUCGAGGCAGCUGUAUAUGCAUCCAAUCACCUUCAUGUUCAUUUGCCAACCUGUGAAAAGUUCUCCAGUGAUCCAGAGUCUGCCCUCAAGUGUUCAUACACGGCCACAGAUGAUCAUUUCAUUCUAAAGGCUCAAAGAGAGGGAUUAAAGAGUGGCUGUACUGGAGUGACAGUUUUAAUCAGGGAUAAGACUAUGUACUUAGCAUGGCUUGGAGACUCUCAGGCAUGUCUAGUCCGGAACGGUCACGCUAUGUCCAUAAUGAAUCCACAUAAACCAGAGCGACAGGAUGAGAAAAGUCGUAUCGAAGCUUUAGGCGGAGUUGUCCUGUACAUGGGAACUUGGCGUGUUAAUGGCAAUUUGGCUGUGUCCAGGGCAAUAGGAGACAUAAGCCAAAAGAAGUUUAUCUGCAGUGAUGCGGAUACCACUGUGAUAGGUUUAGAUGGCACGGAGGAUUACAUUGUCCUGGCCUGUGAUGGCAUGUGGGAUGGCAUAUCACAGGGAGAUGUGCCUCAGAUAGUACACGACCACCUGCAGAAAACCAAUGGCGAUAAAUCCAGUGUAGCUAGGAUGUUGGUAGAAGUAGCAAAAGAAAACGGGUCAACAGACAACAUAACUGUUGUGAUAAUUUUUCUCAGGGAUGAAAUAGCAGCACCAGCUAUUGCACCAGUUUUUUCAUUUGAUAAGAUUUCUAGUUCUCAGGGAGAAGAUGAAACAGAGGAUGUGGAUGGCAAGAAUGACAGUAACUCUUCAGGAAAGGGGGAUAACUCUGAAAGUCCAUCCUCUAAUGGUGGCACGGAGGCUGAUGGCAAUGAACCGAAAGAAGGGAUGGAGGAUAAUGCAAAAUUACAGGAGCCUGGAGAUGAAAUUAAAGACAACUCCAUUAAACCAGAUGAUACUCCUCUUCCUGUUGAUCGUGUCCUUAAGAAAGAGGCCGUUUUUAUUAUUGCAGACACUGCUCCUCAAAAUGUUGAAGUUGAAAUCAAGAGUCCUUUGCCCAAACAAGGACAUCCAAUUUCAAAAGAAGUUAAACCACUGAAAGUUGAUUCUAUUUCAAAGGAUAUUGCUUCUUCAGAAACUGCUUUAACUUCUACAGUUUCUCCGAGUGCUCAGAAAACUACAGGUAAUAGUUUACCAGUGGAAAUAGGAUUGUCCACUCUUUUGACAUACUUGCCAAAUCAGGGCAGCACCAUCUCCGAGUUCAGGCAUGGGCUGCAAAUGAGCAGCAAACCUAGUUCUGUGUCAAACUCUUUAGCACCCCUGCUGGAAGAUUUACCAGUUGUUUCCAAUUAUGUAAUUCAGGAAGAAAUAUACAGAAAAAAGGAUUUGGGAAAGAAAAAACCCAAAAGAAAUAAAAAUCCCAAAAGUCGGGAACAGAAUCGCGAUGGCCAGUAUGUUGUCCCUCGAAGGGGGAGGAAAAAAAUUGAUGGAUCUGCACCAAUAGUAUGGGCUUUCACUGGUAAAAAUACAGCUUCUGUUAGAAACCAUAAGCUCAGUUCUUUGAAAAAUUCUCAGAAUUCCUCUAAAAUAAUCUUGACCAACAUCUUGAACAGUGGUGCAGUUGAUCCAAACAUUCCUUCACAACCCAGUUCAGACAUUAAGUUUCUAGAAAAAAUAUCUAAAUCCAAGCAUUUCGCUGAACCUGAGCCGCAAAACUCUGAGGAACUUCCAAUGCCCCACACAAUAUUUGACUAUCCACUUUCCACUUUCACAGCAUCCUCCAAUUUCAGUACUAAAUCUACCUCAAUUUCCAAGACAAAAUCAUCCCUAGUCAGCCAACCGAAAACCAAUCCGAAAACUGUUCCUGCUUUCCAUCAAUCUUGGCGACCCCGAAAAUUAUCAAAAAUAAACACACCAGCUGCGAUUGCUGAACCUCCACCCACUCCUUUCUCCAAUGUCAAGAUUCAUCCAUCAUCAGAAUUUUCCGAAUAAACCAGAGCUUUGUACUUUGUACACCACAUAUCGUUUUAAAUUUUUUUUUUUUUUGUGGCUUUUAUGCAUGUUUACAAUCAGUCUUCAUUGACCAUCAAUAGAUUAAUUUGAAGCAAUAUUUUGAUAAUCAGAUUAAUUUUAUUCCAUAUUUUGCUCAUUUGAUAAUUUACAAGAAUUGUUCCCCUUUGUGUAUGAAUUGUCACUUAAGUCACUUACAUCUGUAGAUAGAUGCGAGAUUCCAAGAACUGCUAAAACUUGAGUUUUGUCUAACCACUUUUUCCAUGUUUAUUUUGUAUAGUUUGCAAGAAGAAACACAGCAGGUGAUGUAGUGAUUUGUAUAUUCUCUAGUUUGUUUGAUGGGUGUCCUAAUAUGUAACGAGUGUUUCUCUGAAUCGGAAUAAUAACGAUUAUUUAUGAUUGUGUGGUGUAAGUGUUUUCAUAUUGGUAUGUAACCAGGCAGCAAUCAGUGUAAUCCAAUAAUUACAUAAAAACUGGUGCUUUUCGACACAUGGACCUUUCAUUAUUAUUUAUAUAAUUUUUUCUAGGUGUUAUGUGUUCAUUAUUCCUAUGUCUGCAAAAAUAGCACUCAUCCAUCUCCAUAUUUGAAAAAUGUGAAUGUUGGCUUCACUCUUCAUAAACAAAUUGUAACAGACCCUUUGAAUUGGAAAUGGAAGAAAAUUUCUUAUUCAUAUCAUUUAUCUAAUCAUUAGAUUCAGUUUGUAAUAAGGAGACAUUUUUCAACAAGUAAACUUUAUUUUAAAGCGUAGUACACCUAUUUCUGAUUAUUAUAACAGAUAUCUUUACAGCAAAUAAGGAAAAUGAAACAAAAAUGUAUUUUCUAAUAGAUGUAGGAGUUGUGUGAAGAAGCAGCUGGGAGUAUGAUUUAAUUUAGAAUUAAAUGUUCAUAUAUAAAAGUUCAGACAUAUUGAAAUUCAAUGUGUAAAAGUUGAUGGCUGGCUAAGUGUGAUUAAAAUCUGUCCAGGAAUUAGAAUCAAACAUUGUUAUCUUGAUGGUGCAGAAAAGAACUUUGAGAUAUCAGGAAAAUGUAGUUGGGAUUUCAACUCACUGCAACAUAUCCAUGGUAUUUGAGAUACCGAUGUUCGACUGUAUGUAAGGGGGGGGGGGGUUACUAGACAAUCCUUUGUACUAGGUAAUAUAAAGUUAGGUACCUGUUGUUCUCCAUAUCUUAAUGUUUGUGAUUUUUGUAUUUCUGUAACCAAAUAAUCUACCGUACUAUUCUGUGUGUAUUUUACUAUAUAAAUGUAUGUGUAAUGUAUAAGGGUGAUGGGUUCUGGUAAUUUGACUUCCUUCUCUUUUUAUUUAAGAAAUUAAAAUAAAGCAUUUUUAAUAUCAUUUGAUUAUAAAUUUUUAAAAUAAUUUCUAACUAUCACGAAAGGAAAUUAAUGCCAAUAUAAUAAAGAUAUAUGAAAAUGUAAGUAUUUUUACAUACUAGAUCAAUGUAAGUAAUUUUGUGCUUUGAGAGCAAGAGAACUGUACGUUUUUCCAGAGUUCCACCUUUUUAGUGUUAUUCAUUAUCAGUAACUAUGAGAGUAUAUUCAUUCCCAAAACAUCCUUGAGAUUGAAUUUUUCAUAUAUUCAGGUAUUGUAGGUCUUUGUAUGUACCUCAAAACUUGUGGUAAUAGAGUUGAUUUUAAUACAACUAUACUUUGAAUCAAUGUUUCAACAUCUGAUAAUAUGUCAUUUUAAUAUUGAAAAUGUAGAGAAUUUCAAUUUAAAAAAUCAACCAAUUUUUAAGAAUGUAAGUUUUUGAUUGAUUAAAAUUUUGUUCAUGUAGAAAGUAUACCAAUUCAUUUUUACUCAUGUGAAUCAUGUUUUUAUCACAUUUAACAGAAAUCUUUUUUUUUUUUUUUAAAAAACCAAUAAUUUGGCAUAUUUUUAGGGGAAUUUUUUUAAUAAUGAAAUUACUUUUACCCAAGGGAUAUGGAAGCUUAUGUAUUUACUAUACACAGUCUUAUUAUCACUGUAGCUUAAGGACAAAAAAAAAGAGGAUAAAAAUUGUGAGUUUAAAACUGCUUGAAAACAGAUUUACAGCAUGAAAAUUACUAAGAGCAAACUUCAAAGGUAUAACAGUAUAAUAACCAGAAUAUACUAAUUUAUAGAUAUGAAGGUAGUAUUUUAAGUAUGUCUGUCAGGUUGCUUAUGUAGACCAUUAGUAACUAGACAGAUGGCAUAGAAAUUGACAUGAAACCUCAAAAGACAGGGCAGGUCCUAAGCCUAAGUGCUUCAGAUUUCAUUUUUAUGAAGUAGAAAAAAUUCACUAUGUUUCUAACUUAGCUCUUGCAGUAAGAUUGAAUAUGCUUAAAGGUAAAGAAUACUUUGAGCCAGAUAGAUUUAAUCAUGAAUAUGGGAAUCAUGUUAGAACAGGGUGUAUAAUGGGAUAUUGUUUAUAUGAUGUAGUGAUGUGUUAUUAUUGACGAUUUCAUUUUGGAGUAAUUUUUUAGAUACAAUCAUUAUUUAUGUCAUAGUUUCAAAUUAGUAUAUCUUAAUUUAUGUUGAUUGGAUUGAUAUUGAAAAAUUGUACCGGAGCCAGUUGUCAGAUUAUGAUUUAAUUUCUAAUGAUAUUUGAUUUUUUGUUUGUUUUGUGUUUUUGUUAUGUUUGAUGUGUUUCAUGUUGUUUUCUUAUUGAGAAUAGUGGAGAUCAUUCAGCUGAUGAGCCUUCAAGUUAUGUUAUUGUUAUUGUUAUAAUCUGUAUACACCUGCUAAUAUUAUACACAAUAAAUACUCUAUUACAAUCAGAA